AGGUUUCUGAGCUGCACAGGCCGGGGGCCCCAGUGCUGCUGCUGCAGGUUGUCCGGUAGGGUGCCUGUCGAGCUACACAACACGCUGCUGAUGUCAGGAGAGGAGAAGGGGGGAAACGUGAGGAAUGGCUGAAAACUGACGGUGCUCUCCUGCAAGGAAAGAAACCAGCGCGCAAGAUAUUGCCCAGUGCGUUUCAAGCUUCUUCAGGGUCAGGCUUUUAGCGACGCAUUACCAUGUACUGCGCAUAGUUAUUAUUUUUCGCUAUUUAAUGGGACAGCGAAAACGCAAAAAACGCAAGGUAGACUGCCGCUCCUGUCGCCAACAGAGCUACGUUAUGGACUAAUACGACAUGAACAGGGCUGAGAAAUGUUUCACACAGAGGUAACGUGCUCUUCCUCCGUGGCUUUUAUGAGGUUUUCAAGCUAGCUAAGCGUUAUUGUGCAGUUUCUGGUCGGGCUUGUGAGUGUGUAUUUGUUCUGGGGACGUUUAACGUUGGUUUUGUGAAAGCGACGGCUGGGCUUCAUCCCCUCUUCAUUCCUCAACCGACCCGACCACAUGAGAAGUCGACGUCCGGGGUAGAAUCAACCGCAAACAAAGGCCCCCUUCUUUUUCUUCUUCACUGCUUCCACCUGAACCGACAGGGAGAGGGGAAAAACAAAAACAUGCGUGUGGAUUUGUUUUGGAUAUGUUUGUGGUGCUUCAUUCGUCCAAGCGCCUCUGGUCAAGGGCAGUCGGCGGCCGUGUGUUCGCCCUCAUGCAGCUGCGAUGAAGAUGGGGGAGCAGACUGCUCGGGAAGAGGACUGACCACCGUCCCAUCUGGGCUCAGCACUUUCACCUAUUACCUUGACCUGAGUAUGAACAACAUUACUGAGCUUCCAGCAUAUGUAUUCAAGAACUUCCCCUACCUAGAAGAACUCCGACUUGCUGGGAAUGACCUGACAUUCAUCCACCCUGACGCCCUGUCUGGUCUGCCUCAGCUCAAAGUCCUGAUGCUGCAAAAUAAUCAGCUUAAAUCUGUGCCCAGCACAGCACUGACAAACCUUCACUCGCUCCAGUCUCUUCGCCUAGAUGCAAACCACAUUACAACUGUUGCUGAUGACAGCUUUGAAGGUCUCCAGCAACUGCGCCACCUUUGGCUGGACGACAACCACCUGACGGAGGUCCCCGUCAGUUCCUUGAGACACCAGUCAAAUCUUCAAGCUCUUACUCUGGCACUCAACCGCAUCUUGUAUAUACCAGACAACGCCUUCGGAAACCUGACUAGUCUAGUUGUGCUGCAUCUUCAUAACAACCGAAUCAAGGAGAUAGGAGCCAACUGUUUUGCUGGACUGGUGAACCUUGAGACGCUAGAUCUUAAUUUUAACAACCUGGAGGAGUUUCCCAAAGCAAUAGAGGCCUUGCCCAAACUGAAAGAACUUGGGUUUCACAGCAAUGAUAUUACUGCCAUUCCAGAAGGGUCCUUUCAUAACAACCCCAUGCUACGAACCAUACAUCUUUAUGACAACCCUCUGUCAUAUGUGGGUGCCUCAGCUUUCCAGAAUCUCUCAGACCUGCGCUCUCUGAUGUUGCGUGGUGCCAGUUUGAUGAAGGACUUCCCCAUCCUCACAUGGACUAAUAAUCUGGAGAGUCUGACACUCUCAGGUACCAAGAUAUCAUCCAUACCCACUGAUCUGUGUGAAGAUCUCAAGUUGCUUCAGACACUUGACCUGUCUUACAAUGAGGUGAAGCAGUUACCGUCCUUCCAGGGCUGCAGCCGGCUGCAGGAGAUAAGCUUCCAGCACAAUCAUAUUCAAGAAAUCGACAGAGAUACUUUCCAGGAUCUCUCCAUGCUCCGUUUGUUAGACCUGAGUAGAAACGAAAUCCGAGUUAUCCACAAAGAUGCUUUCCUCACCCUCACUGGACUCACCAACUUAGAUCUGAGUAUGAACUCCCUGUCUGUGAUUCCAACAACUGGACUGAGUGCCGUCAGUCAGCUGAAACUGUCAGGAAACCCACAGAUGAAAAAUGUUCUCCCGGCAAAAAACCUGCCUAAACUCAGGUCCAUCUCUGUUCCUUACGCCUACCAGUGCUGUGCAUUUGUUGGAUGUGAGUCAGUGACAAGGUCUUCCGAGGAAACUGACAUGAAGAAAUCCACAGGUGUAGAAGAUGGGGAGCAGGUGUCAAUGAUAAUGCAUUGCUCUCCUUCACCAGGAGCCUUCAAGCCUUGUGAGCACCUCUUGGGUAACUGGAUGAUUCGUCUGACAGUCUGGUUUAUCUGCCUGGUGUCACUGGUGUUUAACAGCCUGGUGCUGGUGACCACCUUCUCGCCUGCUCAGCGAGCCGCUGGUUAUUCCCACUACCUGACUCCGUCUUUGUCACCGGCCAGGCUGUUGAUGGGAUUGCUGGCUCUGGCAAACCUGCUCACAGGCCUGUAUGUCAGCAUUUUGACUGUGCUCGAUGCUGCAACGUGGGGAUCCUUUGCAGAGUUCGGUGUGUGGUGGGAGAUGGGUCCCGGCUGUCAGAUUGCAGGAGGUCUUGCUGUGUUCUCUUCAGAGUGGUCGGUGUUGUUGCUGUCGCUGGCAGCCGUUGAGCGCAGCAUGGCGGUCCGGAUGAUUCUCGGAAAAGUGUUGAUGUCCCCCAGGAGAAACAGCAGCAACCAUCGCAGGUGCUUGAGAGGAUACCAACGCUUUGGCCUGGCUGCAGGGCUGCUGGCGUUGCUGGCAGCUGCCGGAGCAUGUCUGCCUCUUUUGACCUUCAGUGAUCAGUCCUCUUCUCCUCUCUGCCUGCCGUUCACUGGUGGUGAGAGUCCAGCUCUGAGUGUUACAGUCAUUCUGGUCCUGCUCAACGCCCUGGCUUAUCUCUUUAUGGCUGCAGUGUACACCCAGCUCUACUGCCACCUUGGCAGGGUGGAGCUAGCGGAUCCAGAGCAGACCGGUGCUCUGCGUCACGUAGCCUGGCUCAUCUUUACUAACUGCAUCUUCUUCUGUCCCGUAGCAGCUUUUUCCUUCGCCCCACUCCUGACUGGCUCUACAGCCGGUGGCCCAGAAAUCGUCAAAUCUGUCACUCUCAUUUUCUUCCCGCUUCCUGCGUGCCUGAACCCGGUGUUGUAUGUGUUCUUCAGUCCAGCCUUCAGAGAGGACUGGUUAAGGCUGCGUGGUCACAUUGGUUUGACCCGAGAGGCGAAGGCUGGCACUGAAAGCGGUUGUGACGACGGCGGUGGAGGGUCUGAGCUCACAGAUGGAGGAUCCUCCACCCACCUGGGCCUUGACUGUGGUGUGUACUCGCAGCUUUGUGGAGAGACUGUAUGCGAACAGUGUGAGGCAGUACUGCGUGCCCAGACCUGCUCUUCCCCCUCAGCCUCCUCGGUCUGCAGACAUUUUGUGAAGUCUCACAGCUGUCCCACCCUUCUAGCUGGAGCUGCUAUGUGCCAGCGUUCCGAGGGGUUCUGGGCAGACAGCAGCACGCCCUCUGCUCAGUCCGAGUAUGCUGAUGAGGGAGACUCGUUUGUUUCAGACAGUUCAGACCAAGUUCAAGCCUGUGGCAGAGCCUGCUUCUGCCAAAGCAGAGGACUUCCUCUUGUACACUACUCAUACAACAUACCUCGAAUCAAAGACUAAGGAUGCCUCAGUACUUCAGUACGUCAGUGUGCACAGAUAUGUCUGUCAUGUGAAUUUAGAUUCUUCAAGAUUAUGUAAUUUUUAUAUAUAUGUCAUAUAGAUAUAUGUCAGAACAGAAAAUGUGCCAACUACCUUUGCAAUUCAUCAAGCACUUAACGUUUGUAAUUAGUGUUAACAGAGAUGCAACAAAUCAUUGAAAGGGAAUUUUCAGCUGAAAGAUCAUUUCUAGGAGAAAUGAACUUGAGUACUACAUGUUACAUACUGCUCAACAAAAGAAAAUCUUACCACCGGUGCCUGCCUGCCUCUUGCGAUCAACUGACCUGAUGAUAUUGAUGAUGAUGAUGCAAGCUUAAAGGGGUCAUAGAUUUAAUGAUUUUUUUUCUGGGUUCUGUACGCAUAAGCUUUUUAAAUGUAUCAUCCAUGAAAUUUUACAGCAACAGUUAAUUUUUUAUUUGAUGAUUUUAUAUAUAGAUGUAACAAAUGUAAUAAUCAUUGCUAGAUUUUUUGUGUAUGUGUGAAUGUAAGUUUAAAGUGAUCCAGGGUUCCCAUGCAGUCUGGAAGGUCUGGAAUUUGAGUUUAGUAUUUCCCAGGUCUGGAUAAGCAUGUAAAAAUAGAAUUAGAAAAAUUAUUAUAUUUCCAGACUUCCUUUUCCCAUUGUUUUAAAUAUUGUAUUUCUUUCUAUCCUUCCCACUUUGUGCCCAUCCUUUUUUCCUUGUGUUCUUCCUUCCUUACUUGUACAUGUAAUUCUGUCUUUCCUUCCUUUUCCCCUCUCCUUUAUAUCCUCCAGUCCGUUCCUUCCCCACAUCCUUAUGUCGUUCAGUCUUUCCUUACAUUUUUCCUUCCUUAUGCCCUACCUCUCUUCCUUAGCUGUUGCUUUCCUUUCUUUCCUUCCUUUUGUACUUCGUUCUUUACCUUUCUUAUGCUCUUAUUUCCCUGCUUUCCCUUCUUGUCCCUACCUUCCCGUCCCUUAUUGUCGCCUACCUUACUUCCGUCCUUAUGGCUUUCCCCUUGCUUUGUCUCCUUCUGUCCUUCUUUGUAUCUUCCCUCUUUCCAUCCUUAUGUCCUACCUUAUUUCUUUAUCUGUGUCGUUUCUGCUUUCCUUUGUGUUUUUUGUUUCUUUUCUUCCUUUCUUUUCUUUUAGUAGCCUACCUUCCUUCCUUCUGUUUUCCCUUUCUUUCCUUUCUUCGGUCCUAUUUUGUUCCCUCCUGGCUUCCUUUUCUUUCUUCCUUGUUGCAUUUCUUUCUUGUGGUCUUCGUGUCUUCUUCUGUCCUGUUUUUGGUUUUGGUUUCAUAUUUAAAGCCUGCAUACUGUAAAAAAAUAUCUGCCAUCAUUUCAUAGUGAACUUUAAUGUUUCAUUAUUAUAAAAAUUGGCAUAAAGGAAAGAGAACGCUGGAAAUUCGAGUCUUGAAAAAUAUGAAACUCUUAAAUGAGCAGUGUGUUGGAACCCUGGUAAUAUUCACUCAGUGGGUGGGGGGGUGAAAUAUAUAGCAUUGAUAACUACUAGCUUAUGAGCACGUGAUUGUCACACAACUGUGCAGGAAUGGUGGAGGUCAGUCUGUAAAAAAAACAAGUAUUUCCUUGCUUUAACUUCCUGAUACUAAGAAUGUGAUAAAAGUAGCAGAUUUCACUGUUUUAACAACAACUGUGUGUGGUCGCUUUGACACGUGUUAUUUAUUGUUUAAGCAGACAGGAGUGUUUGGGUGGAGACUAUUUGUAGUGGCCUCUGAAUAAUAAGUACACAAGACAAUAUAAUCCAAGCAUUCACUAAAACAGCACCUUUUUUUAAUUUAUGUCUCUCAUUAGGUCAUUUUCAGCUCCUCUGGGCUUUUUUUUCUUCCUAAUUUUGCCAUCAUGUUUUCUUUUUUCUAUUUCCAAGCUGUUCAGGGGAAAUGUAGCUUCUGACCUGCAGUUUCCAUGUAUUUUGAACCUACUUAAAGAGAAUUUGCCAGUUGUGGCACAACUCAGUCCAGUAAAUCAACGUCUAUGUUAAACCUAAUAAUCCAAUGCCAAUUUCCUGUCACACCAGUUAAAGACUGGCUGCCAGCUGAGUCAACAAGAAGGUAUGGAAAAGCUGUGCCAAAUAAAAUUAAAUGGACCAACAUAAAUCUGCAUUUUCUGUGGCUUAAAACAUAUACAUGAUGGUAGAAAUUGGAAAAAAAGGUAUGACAUAUCACAUUUACUCUCCUUUCUUUUACAGUUGAGUAGCAUUAUUAUUAUUGGCGAUUUCUUACUUAAUAUUUGUCUUUUACAAAUGUGAUAAGCAGAGCAUUAUUGUAUCGCAAAGUAAAUAAAUGCAGACGUCUUUUCAUCCUGACCUGGGUGAGACUGGGCGUGACAGAGUCUGACGGAUGUUUAGUGUGCUCAAGCAUGACUGCACGCAUUGAGGUGGUUACACCCUCGGAGCAUGUAUCCACAAGUGCACGCCAUGUGAGUGCUCAGGAAUUCAUGCAAUGUGGGGAACCGUUCUCCUCCAGCACCAAGACGUUCUCAUGUCUUCUUUAUGCUCCAAACUGUUGAAUUUUUUUCAUAGUCACAUCUUUGGACAAGACACGUAAAUUCUCACUUCAACCAAAAUGUCCUGUUUUGUUCUGACAUCUUAUCUCCUGUCUGAUGAAAAUGUGCAAAUCUUUCAGUGGUUUAAUUAUUUUUAUAUUUUUCAUGUAAAUUAUUUAAAAAAGAAAACUCAAGAAUGGGAUGCUUACUAAGAAGCUACCUCCUCGAUUGUUGAGGCUACCAGCAGUGCUUUGUAAAAGAGUCUGUUUUUAUUUUUCACUGUUUGCAUCCUCAGCUUUGUGAUGUUAAUUUUGGCUUCACAUCAUUUUAGUUAUGUGCAAGUUGUGGGAGGAAUCUAUGUACUGUAUACUGUGAUUUUAUUUUUUUCAGUUUUUUAAUCAAACCCUAAAUAUGACUCUUUUUUAUAGAUACAAAGUUGCAGAAUACAGAUAAUCUAAAAUAUUUUACUUAAUUUUCUGUUAAAUUUAAAUCUUACAUGUAUUUUUUUUGUCAGAUCGGCCAGCUUUUCUUCUGUUUAUAUAGGUAAAUCAAUUCUUUAAAUUGUGAAUGAAUAAAAUUGUAAAAAUAAAAACAUGAAUCUUUUGUGCCCA